AUGGAGCCAGAGAGCCAGCCUGACCAGCAAAUCUUCGUGGAUGACGAUGGGAACAUGUGGGGAGAAGAUGAGUUGGGUCGGUACAGGAUCGACAACCGAGUCUGGACCUGGAAUGAGAUCCAAGAGCAUCCGCUCUUCAUGAAAGACAUUCCUUCGGAUCCACGUGAUAUUGACAAUUAUCCGAUGCUGACUGCUUUGCAGAGCGUUUUGUACGAUGACCAGACACCUGAAGAGGUGGCUGAGAACUUUCGGAAGCAAGGUAACGAGGCCAUGAAGUUCCAGGCAUCGAAGAUUGCUUUGAUGAAUGCCUUGACUUUCUACACGCGAGGUAUUGAGAUGGAAUGCAAGGACGCCAAGUUGAACUCUGUGCUGCAUUCGAACAGGGCUGCAGUGGGGCUCAAGAUGGGCGAAUACUUGAAGGUGGUGGAUGAUUGCAGGCAUGCAGUGCGACUAGACCCGUCGAAUUUGAAGGCGUGGUUUCGGGGUGCUCAAGCCUCGGAGGCCAUGGGCCUCGCGGAGCAAGGCCUGAAAUUCUGCCAAGGCGCCCUGAAAAUCGAUCCCAAGGAGCCCGAAGUUGUCAGGGUUCAGAAGCAGCUCCAGGUAAAGUUGGAAAGCCAGAAGGACGCCCAAGCCGAGAUGCGAAAGGUCGAUGCCCGGGAAAAGGAUGAACGGAAGGCCAAGGCUUCCGCAGUUGAGAGUUUCUUGCAACUGCGCGGCUGCCGUUUGGGGCCGGUCCUCUUCGAUAUGUCCAUGUAUCGCAUGGCCAAUGGUGGCCUUACCCCGCAUCCAAUGUUGGUGGGGGAAGACCCUGACAUGACUGUCGAGUGGCCGAUGCUGCUUCUUUACGACGAAGUCAAUCAAUCAGAUUUUGUCGCUGCAUUCGAUGAACGAUAUGCCUUGGAGGAUCAGCUCCAAAUGAUGUUCCCUGAAGACCGCCAUGUGGAGUGGGAUGAACAAGGCAAGUAUGUAUGGUCGCGUCUAGCUGCUUACCUGGAGCUACUUGGCCAGUUCCAGUCCUUGCAGAGCUAA